UUGAGGCCUGCCAUUAGAUUUCUUUGUGAGGCCGGCCAUUAGGUUUCUUUGUGCUAAACUACCUAAACAUAGAGAGAGAGAGAGAGAGAGAGAGAGAGAGAGAGAGAGAGAGAUGGGAACCUGCUGGCCUAAGCCUAUAGAUAAUCUUCCCAGCACCACCAAAUUUUCGAGUCCAGAUCCAGUUAAUGAUGAUUCAAAGACAAUAAACAAUAGCAAUCACGCCAACAACAAUACUCAUCAAAUUGGCAGGCAUUCAGAAGCUGAUCCGAAUCCCCUAGGAGAAGGCGGGGCCGGGGCCGGGAAGGGUGUUCCUCCAAGUGGUAAAAUCAUUACUCCAAACUUGAAAAUGUUCACCUUAGCUCAACUGAAAUAUGCCACUAGAAAUUUCAGACCAGACAGUGUAUUGGGAGAAGGAGGUUUUGGGACAGUAUACAAAGGUUGGAUCGAUGAAAAAACCUAUGCACCAUCAAAAGUUGAUGUUGGAAUGCCUGUUGCUGUCAAGAAAUCCAAUCCAGAUAGUGAACAAGGCCUUAAGGAAUGGCAGGCAGAAGUAAAGUUCUUGGGAAAAUUUAGCCAUCCUAAUCUUGUCAAACUAUUAGGUUAUUGUUGGGAGGACAAACAUUUCCUAUUGGUCUAUGAGUACAUGCAGAAGGGAAGUUUAGAAACUCAUCUCUUCAGAAAGGAUGUAGCAGAACCAUUUUCUUGGGAUACAAGGAUGAAAAUAGCAAUAGGGGCAGCUUGUGGACUUGCUUUUUUGCACACAACUGAAAAGCAAGUCAUUUACAGAGAUUUUAAGGCUGCCAAUAUUUUACUUGAUAGGGAAUUCAAUGCAAAGCUUUCGGAUUUUGGACUUGCUAAGUUAGGUCCGGCUGAUGGUAUGUCACACGUGACAACAAACGUUGUUGGGACGUACGGAUAUGCAGCUCCCGAGUAUGUGGCCACAGGUCACUUGUAUCUGAAAAGUGAUGUGUACGGUUUCGGAGUCGUCCUACUGGAGAUAUUAACAGGUCAACGGGUACUCGAUUUGAAUAGGCCCAAUGGGCAAAUUAAUUUGGUAGAUUGGGCCCGGCCAUUUCUAUCCGAUAAGAAAAAGUUGAGAAAAUUAAUGGAUCCAAGGCUCGAGGACAAGUACCCUCCUAAAGGUGCAUUCGAAAUAACCCAACUCAUACUAAAUUGUCUCGAAGCCGACCAAAAAUCCAGGCCAGGGAUGGAAGAAGUAUUGGAAACUUUGGAACGCAUUAGUACCAUCCAAAUGAAACCGAAGGAGUUCAAAACCAAGGCUAGACGAGAUCAACAACCUGGAAAUCAUCACCACCGUUCUCCUCGCCAUGUACACCAUGGAGGUGGCAGAACUAGCAGAGCUCGACUGUGUGAUAAUCUAACUGCUGCCCGGCCCAGGUUUAUUGACUAGUGUUGUACAUGUCUAAGCCACUGGGUUGGAAAUUUGUUUGUUGUUUUAGUCUUCCUAUGAGCACAAAAAUGUUUUGGUCAACAUACAAAAGUACCUAAAGGUCUAUAAAAAAAAUCAUAUGAAAAGUAAAAAA